AUGAGCAGGCUGUGGUACACAGAGCCCGCGAGUGACUGGAACGAGGCCCUUCCAAUUGGAAAUGGACGUUUAGGGGCCAUGGUCUACGGCCGUACCGACCAUGAACUACUGGCACUGAAUGAAGAUUCAGUAUGGUAUGGUGGACCUCAACGUCGAACCCCUCGGGACUCCCUCAAAUAUCUUCCAGAGUUGAGACAGGCAAUUCGCGAUGAAAACCACCAGGAAGCCGAGAGGAUCGCAAGACUAGCCUUUUUUGCGAACCCCAUCAGUCAGCGGCAUUACGAGCCUUUGGGUACCCUUUUCAUGGAUUUUGGUCAUUCAUUCGAUCGGGUGUCCGAUUACCAUCGCCAGCUUGAUCUUGAAAAUGCCUCGGUCAGCGUGAGCUACAAGUACGGAGAAGCCACUUACCACCGAGAAGCAAUAGCGAGCUAUCCUGACAAUGUCCUGGCAGUCAGAGUAUGCGGUCCGCAGGACGCAGAGUAUGUUUUGCGGUUGACGAGAUUCAGCGAACUUGAAUUCGAGACCAACGAGUAUUUGGACGAGUUGAAAGUUUCCUCGAAUUCCAUCGCAAUGCGGGUCACACCUGGUGGGAAAGACAGCAAUGCUGCCUGCUGCAUUGUUCACGUUCGAACCGACCCAGACGGCUCAGUCACGAGCAUUGGGAACAAUCUCAUCGUCAAGGCGUCAGAGUCUCUGAUCUACAUCGCCGCGCAAACCAAGUUUCGCUGCGAGGACCCUGAGCAAGGAGCUCUAGAUGACCUGGCAAUUGCUCUCACCCACGACACUCACCGGCUGUGGGAUCGACACAUCAAAGACUAUCAAUCUCUUUAUAACCGGAUGAGCCUGCGAUUGUGGUCGGACUCUCCCGAUCUUGCGACAGAUAAAAAGCUGGCCACAUCACGAGACCCGGGAUUGAUUACAACAUAUCACAACUACAGUCGAUACCUCCUCAUUUCCUCCAGUCGGGCUGGCGUGAAAGCAUUGCCAGCAAACUUGCAAGGUAUUUGGAAUCCCUCAUUCCACCCGGCGUGGGGCUCCAAAUUCACCAUCAAUGUCAAUCUACAAAUGAACUACUGGUCCUCCAACAUCUGGAACCUGUCGGAAUGCGAAUUGCCUCUGUUUGAUCUACUGGAGCGCAUGGCCGAGUCGGGCAAAGAAACAGCAAGGGUCAUGUAUGGAUGUAGAGGGUGGGCGGCCCAUUCAUGUACGGAUAUCUGGGCAGAUACGGAUCCUGUUGAUCGGUGGAUGCCGGCGACUAUUUGGCCUCUUGGAGGCGCUUGGCUGUCAUAUCACAUAUGGGAGCACUACCUAUUCACCCAGGACCUCGAGUUUCUAUCAAGAAUGUUUCCUAUUUUGCGCGGCAGUGUGGAAUUCAUUCUCGAUUUUCUGAUCAAGGACGCUUCAGGCAAAUAUCUCGUCACCAAUCCUUCCGUGUCGCCUGAGAAUUCAUUUUUCGAUCUCAACGGUCAGAAAGGCGUGCUGUGUGAAGGAUCAACCGUCGAUAUUCAGAUCAUCGAUGCUCUACUGAGAGCAUUCGAAUCCUCUGUUGAAAUUUUGGGUUCCUCUGAUCCGUUGGUACCCAGGGCCCGCGAUGCCAGAGAUCAAUUACCCCCCAUGAAAAUCAGCGAGAAUGGGUACCUGCAAGAAUGGGCGAUCGACUAUGGCGAAGUCGAGCCGGGUCAUCGACACACUUCGCACCUGUGGGCGCUAUACCCAGGCAAUGCGAUUCACCCCGUCCGUACCCCUGACUUAGCUCAGGCUUGCAAAACCGUGCUGGCCCGACGUGCGGAAAACGGCGGGGGGCAUACUGGUUGGAGCAGGGCAUGGCUCAUCAAUCUACAUGCGCGUCUUCUUGAAGCGAAUGAAGCUGAAAGACACUUGGACUUGCUCCUUUCACGUUCCACUCUUCCAAAUCUUCUCGACAGCCAUCCGCCAUUCCAGAUUGACGGCAACUUUGGUGGUGGUGCUGGCAUCAUUGAAAUGCUAAUUCAAUCUCCCGAGCCAGGAGCGAUUCGUCUUCUCCCCGCUUGUCCUCAAGGCUGGAAAGGCUCCCUUCGUGGAGUGCGUGCUCGCGGUGGGGCUGAGUUGGCUUUCAGUUGGGAAGGGGGUGUGAUUCUUUCGCUGACCAUCAUCUUGCCGGCUCCUGGACGAGAAACUACCAUAUUUUGUCCACAGAAGACUGGGAUGAGAUCGUUUCAAGUGGCGGAUCCGGGGCGGCACAUUUUGAUGAGAGAAUAA